AUGGCGAUAGAACAAGAUUGGCUUAUUUCUCUGUCUGUUGUGUAUGGCCUGGGUGCAAUUGCUUCGCUCUGGGCAGCUCUACUCUCGCCAAUGAUCCUAGAUUACUGGGACAAGCCGCGAGGCCUGAAGAAACGUGGUGAACGAGAUUGGGCAACCGUGUUUCUCAUUUUCCUAUUGCUACAGCCUUUCACAUUCGCUGGCUGUGCGGUGGGGAUGUGGUGGAUUGAUGCAUUCGCAUAUAUCCCCCCAGUACAUUUCGUGUGCACUUUUAUAUCUUUCCUCGCAAUCGAUUUCUUUAACGAAGACACAUCGAACACUUAUCGAGUCCUGUAA